AUGGCUCUUCACCAGAUGUUAUUGAGGAACCUGGAGAUCCUGUCAGGGAUGAAGUGGAUUAUUCAUUGCCUCCUGCUUAUUUUAUCUGCUUUUCUCUGCAUAUCUGCUGGAUAUUUGGAUAGUACCCCUCCAAAACCUGUUUGUCCUCUACAGUCAAAAUCUGCAUGCACACAAAAUGGAAAUAAUAAGAUCGAUAUGUUCAUACUGGGUCCAUGUGGUUUUAAAGGAUACAUGAAAAUAGCUAAUUGCAAUCAUAAUAAAUGGGAUAUUUCACAGAACCAGACAGUGAGCUCACUUAAGUGCCAUUCUACUGUAUCAUCAGAGAACCUAUUCAAAGUCUAUGCUUUUCCAAUUGUUGAAAACGCAUCCGGUACAACACACAGUAGUGACUGUGGUGUUACUUUAUCAGGCAACUCACCUUACAAACUCAACAUAAGCAGAUGUGUUAUGCCCAGGUUUGUCUGUUUAAUUGAAAAGAAAUGUAAAACUGACACUUUGACACACUGGAUGACAGAAGGUUGUAACUGGAUCCACCAAACCCCUACGUAUUUUAAGAAUGAUACAUGUAAUAUGACCUGCCUGAAUCCCAGAAAGACGUGUGAGAAUGCACAAUAUGAUUUGAACUGUAAAGGUAAGAACGUGGUAUAA